UCAUUACGAAUUUGUCAUUCGUAAGCGAAGGUAAUACAAUAAAAAUUUCUGCUGUGCGCGCUAAAACUCUACAACUCGUUCUGUUCGUCGUCGCGUCGCGUUGCGUUGCGUUGCCGCAUUGCCGUGUUGGGGCAGUGUUGUUUUGCCGUUGACAUUGCCAUUGUGGCUCAUUCGCGUUCGGUGUUUAUUCGUAGGCUGCGCAAGCCAUUUGGUUAUUCGGUUCAGGUGUAGAGUAAUCACUGGUGGGGACGGUUUGACGGUUUAAUUUCGAUGAGCGCGCGUUUAUGUGUGUGCGUGUGUGUCUGUGCAUGGCAAAUGUACAGAGUGUUGUUUUGCAUUUGCCGUCGCCAAUUGGCGACAUUCGUCAAGUGAGCGGUGUCAGCAACAGCAACUGACAAAUACUAAUCGCAUCCGCUAUGUAUAAUCAUUCGAAACAUUAAAAUUACACAAAUCUAAAAAAUAAACUGUAAACUAAUCUGCGAAGCGAAUACAAAGUGAUUGAAUUAAAAAGUGUAGAGAAAAAGUCAACGCGAAAUCAUCAAAAACACAAAUAAAACAAAAACUACAUAAAGUGUUGUUAACUCGUGCGAAGUAAAAAGUAUUUAAACUAAAGAAAUAACACAAAAUACCGUUCGCAAAAAACAAAAAAAACAAAAAAAAAACGCAUACGGCCAUUGCAUGGAUUCUACCGUUACUGAUGCUCAUUCGUUAACAAGUGAACACAGUGUUGCCUCCUCCACGUCGUCAUCGUUGGCGCUGCAUGGCGCCGUGUUAGCGGCUGUUAAGCGCGAACGUUCACCAACACCGGUUUCGGUUUCAGUUUCGGAUUCGAUCGGCAAGGCAAUGAACACCAUUUCAGUGGCAACUAAUCUUACAAACAAUAAUCACAAUAAUAAUAUUAAUAUCCACAACAACAACCACAACAACAAUAAUAAUAGUCCACGUCACAAACUGAGUCCCAGUUAUCAUCACAGCAAUAACAAUAACAACAGCAUACUGUUGGCGCACAGCAUGAAUCCCACUGCGCUGCUGAUGCAUCAUCAGCAACAGCAGCAGCAGCACCAGCAACAACAACAACAACAACAGCAACAACAUCAGCACCAACAACAACAACAACAGAAUGGCGCACGUGAUGGCAAUGGCAGCCGCGGUGGCGGCAGCGGUCCCGGCGGCAGUGGCGCUGGCUCGCUAAGCGGCAGCAUCGGUGAUGAUCGCCCCUCCAACGGCCGCCUUUCGCAUACCGGUCGCGGCUCCAGCUGCUCGCCAGCCAGUUCACCCACACGCCAUCCCAGCGCCGUCAGUCCGGUGACAUCGCUCAAUCAUACGAUGAUGCAACAAAUGCAACAACAACAUCACCAGCUAAGUCCGCCACCACAUGUGACGGGUGUACCUACGCCCAAUGGACUGCCCGCUGGCUUGCCGCCGCGCAUGCCGCACGGUCUGCCGCCUCACUCGCUCGGCUUGCUCAACUCGCUGCAAAUGAUGCAUCACGCCUCGCCGCUGGAGCUGAUGGCCGCUGCACAUCAUCAUGUGCCGCCGCGCUCCUACAACAGUCCGCCACCCAUUUCCACCUCGGAUCCCAGCGCCAACGAAUGCAAGCUGGUGGAGUAUCGUGGCCAGAAGGUGGCCGCAUUCAUUAUUAGUGGUGACACGAUGCUAUGUCUGCCACAAGCUUUUGAGCUCUUCCUUAAGCACCUGGUGGGCGGUCUGCAUACCGUCUAUACGAAGCUGAAGCGGCUCGAUAUUGUACCGCUGGUGUGCAAUGUGGAGCAGGUGCGAAUACUGCGUGGCCUGGGUGCCAUACAGCCGGGCGUCAAUCGGUGUAAGCUGCUCGCCUGCAAGGACUUUGACGUGCUGUACAGGGAUUGCACGACUGCCAGGUAG